CCAUAACUCUCUCCACUCUCAUCAAUCUCAAAGCUCAACUCACACUUCCUUCUCCUCUGUCACCUCUCUUCGCAUGCUCUCACUCUUCAUCAAACCCAUCUCUCACUCUUCCCGAAUUAUUUCCUUUUUCUUAAACUUUCUCCUUCACUGCUCAAAGAGGAAGUACAUUCUUGGGACUCUCUUUCUUCUUCUUCUUCUUCUUUCUUCUUCACCAACUCUGCUUCUCUUCCAUAUUAAUGGAAGAUAUUCAUUGUUUCAAGAACAAAUACUUCUUUUAUACCCAUCUGUUAUUGCUUCUACUAUCUUUAACCUCUCAAUCUGCUUCAAGCCAGAGAUGGGAUGGAGUAAUUGUAACCCAAUCAGAUUAUCACACUCUUCGAGCAAUAAAAAAUGAACUAAUUGACUUUAAAGGGGUUUUAAGAAGCUGGAAUGACAGUGGCUAUGGUGCUUGUUCUGGCAGUUGGGCAGGAAUCAAGUGUGCUAAAGGACAGGUUAUUGCUAUUCAGCUUCCAUGGAAGGGACUUGGUGGUAAAAUCUCAGAAAAGAUUGGUCAGCUUCGAGAGCUUCGAAGAAUUAGUUUGCAUGAUAAUGUUCUUGCUGGUAAUAUCCCUUUUUCUCUUGGUUUCCUUCCAAAUCUUAGGGGGGUUUAUCUAUUCAACAACCGCCUAUCGGGUUCUAUCCCUCCUUCAAUUGGUAACUCUCCUAUGCUUCAAACUCUUGACUUAAGUAAUAAUUCUCUUACUGGUAUAAUUCCUCCCAGUCUUGCUAAUUCUACAAGGUUAUAUAGGCUUAAUUUGAGUUUUAAUUCCUUAAGCGGUUCUAUUCCAUCUAGUUUUACUAGCUCUCCUUCUCUUUCUUUCCUUGCUCUGCAACAUAAUAAUCUUUCUGGCUCUAUUCCGGAUUCUUGGGGGCAAAAUGGGAACAAAUCUUACCAACUUCAGUUAUUGACUCUUGAUCAUAAUCUUAUCUCUGGAAAGAUUCCAAUGAGUUUGAGCAAGUUAGCUUUGCUAAAGGAGAUUUCUCUAAGUCAUAAUCAGAUUUCUGGUAGCAUACCUGAUGAAUUAGGGAAACUUUCUUGGCUGCAAAAGCUUGAUUUUUCAAAUAACGCUAUCAAUGGAAGCUUUCCACCUAGCCUUUUCAAUCUUUCUUCUUUAGUCUUAUUGAAUCUUGAAAAUAAUCGCCUUGACAGCCGAAUCCCAGAAAUUGUAGACAGAUUACAGAAUCUUUCAGUGCUUAACCUGAAAAAUAACCAAUUCAAAGGGCCCAUACCAGAAAGCAUUGGAAACAUUUCUAGUAUUUAUCGACUUGAUUUAGCACAAAAUAAUUUUACUGGAGAAAUUCCACCUUCACUUUCAGGCUUAUUAAAUCUCACUUCUUUCAAUGUUUCUUAUAAUAAUCUUUCUGGUGCUGUUCCCUCUUUUCUCUCAAAAAAAUUCAAUUCAACCUCUUUUGUUGGGAAUCUUCAGUUAUGCGGCUAUAGCAUUUCAACUCCUUGUCCUUCUCCUCCACCUGUCAUUCUUCCGUCUCCAACCACAGUUGGGCCAGCGAAAAAUCAUCAUCACCGGAGACUUAGCGCUAGGGACAUUAUCCUGAUAGCAGCUGGUGCUCUCUUAAUAGUUUUACUUCUGCUCUGCUGCAUUUUGCUCUGUUGUUUGAUGAGAAAAAGGGCUUCUUUGAAACAACAGAAUGGUAAAACAGGGAUAAGGGCAGUUGUAGGGAAAACUGAGAAGACAGGAGCGGCAGGCGGUGCAGAAAUUGAAUCAGGCGGGGAAAUGGGUGGAAAGUUAGUCCAUUUUGAUGGGCCAUUUGUGUUUACAGCUGAUGAUUUGUUGUGUGCAACUGCGGAGAUAAUGGGGAAAAGUACUUAUGGAACAGCAUACAAGGCAACAUUAGAAGAUGGCAAUCAAGUUGCUGUGAAAAGGUUGAGAGAAAAGACUACAAAGGGGCAGAGGGAGUUUGAAACUGAGGCUGCUGGACUUGGAAAGAUUCGCCAUGAAAAUCUCUUAGCGCUUAGAGCCUAUUACUUGGGACCCAAAGGAGAGAAACUUCUUGUCUUUGAUUACAUGCCUAAAGGAAGUCUAGCAUCCUUCCUCCAUGCUCGAGGACCUGAGAUGAUCAUCAAUUGGCCAACAAGGAUGAACAUAGCCAUGGGCAUUGCUCGCGGACUAAACUACCUCCACACAGAAGAGAAUAUGGUCCAUGGGAAUUUGACAUCAAGCAACAUACUACUUGAUGAGCAAACCAAUGCUCAUAUUGCAGACUUUGGCCUUUCUAGGCUUAUGACAACUGCUGCCAAUACUAAUGUGAUUGCUACAGCCGGAACACUUGGUUAUCGUGCACCCGAACUCUCAAAGCUCAAGAAUGUGAACACAAAGACUGAUGUGUAUAGCCUUGGUGUUAUCAUUCUGGAGCUCUUGACAGGAAAAUCACCCGGUGAGCCGACAAACGGUAUGGAUUUGCCACAGUGGGUUGCAUCUAUAGUGAAGGAAGAGUGGACUAAUGAAGUCUUUGAUUUGGAGCUUAUGAAGGAUGCACCCACCAUAGGUGAUGAGUUGCUUAACACACUGAAAUUAGCUUUACAUUGUGUCGAUCCAUCGCCAACAGCUCGUCCUGAAGUUCAACAAGUUCUGCAGCAACUAGAGGAAAUCAAGCCAGAUUUGGCUGCUGAUGAUGGAGCCAAAGCCCCACCACCAACAGAUGAAUAGAGUUCAUAGAAUAACAGUUUUUUAAAGUUCAAGAAUAAAAAGCCAUUGAGCCCAGUUUAUUACAAGGUUUUUAGGAAAUAGUCAUCAAAUUCUUUCAUUCAUUGUAUUAUUUUUUUGUUAGUGAAUGUAAAUAUAAUUUACGAGAGUAUUCUUUUUGUCUGGAAAAAUAAUGUAAUUCUUUCAAUCUGAGUUGUGUUAAAGAGUAAUGAAAUUGCAGAAGUUUAAUUAAUA